AUGUUUAUCCAUCAAAUGGAUGUCGUUACCGCUUUCCUAAAUGGAACACUUGACGAAGAUAUCUAUAUGGAGCAGCCAGAAGGUUAUGUUGUUCCUGGAAAAGAAAAUCUUGUGUGCCACCUAAAGAAAUCUCUCUAUGGAUUGAAGCAGAGUCCACGAUGUUGGAACAAGUCGUUCAAGGAAUUCAUGAUAUCCCAAGGAUUUGAGCAAAGUGCUGCUGAUCCGUGUGUCUUCAUUCGGAAAGUCAAUGAUCAACUUGCCAUAGUUGCUGUACACGUUGACGAUCUCAUACUCUUAACCGAAACCGAGCAAGAAAUGAUCGACUUGAAGGCCAGUCUCGCAGCUCGUUUCAAGAUGAAAGAUAUGGGUAAGCUUCAUUACUGUCUUGGAGUAAACAUUAAAACGAUGGACGGUGUUUUGCAAAUGAGCCAAGAGCAGUAUAUUCACAAGAUAUUGCACAAGUACAAGUUACAAGAUUGUAAACCUGUAUCGACGCCGAUGGAUGUGAAUGUGAAGCUGGUGAAACAUGAUGGUUACAGCAAAGCAGUAGAUCCUGUUGAGUACCAAUCGAUGGUUGGAAGCUUGAGUUAUGCAGCUAUAGCUACCAGGGACGCCGGAACGAUAAAAAGGCAAAGGGGGGGGCAGACGCACACCAAGGGCACCUCUAUAGAUCAAAAGUUCAAAAUCUACCAUAAAUUUUUUUUUAACAUGGACAUUUUUUGGGCGCCCUCUCCCCACCCCCCCCAUCGCCAAAAAAAUUUCGGUCAGUGUACCACUUUAGGAGUGAAAAAUUUUUUCCGGACAUACCAAAAUUUUCCGUUCCGUAAAAAUUUUUUCCGCAUAUCAGCAAUUUUCCGCAUUUAUCCAAAAUAUUUUUCUAAAUUCCAAAAAUUUUCAAAAAUUUUUGUAAAUUGUCCUCAUUCUUUUCCAAAUUCACACUUAUUUUUGUAAAUUAACUUUCUCUGGGCCUAUAAAUUACCUGAAUCUCAUGAUUUUGCCAGAAAAAGUAUCACUGGAAAUGUGAUUUAUCACGUAGUAUUUUACAACUAAAAGGGCACUUCUGCCCCCCCCUGCCUCCCCUAGCAAAAGGCAAGGGGGCAGCCGCCCCCCCCCUGCCCCCCCAGUUCCGGCGUCCCUGAUAGCUACUCGACCAGACAUAGCUCACGCAGUUGGUACUUUAGCAAAGUUUAACUCGUCCCCUAAUGAAGCACAUCUUACUGCUGUCAAACGUGUAUUUCGCUACCUGAAGGGAACAGUUAAACUGCAUCUCCAGUACGAAGCAAGUGAUAAAGAUAUGGAAGGAUAUUCCGACGCAGAUUGGGCCGCAGAUUCAUAUGAUCGAAGAUCUACUUCUGGCAACGUAUUUGUAAUGUCCAAUGGUGCCAUUAGUUGGGCAAGCCAGAAGCAACCUACGGUAGCACUUUCAACAGCUGAAGCCGAAUAUAUCGCCCUUUGCUUAGCAACUCAAGAAAGUGUAUGGUUACGACAACUAAGCAAGGAUUUGCAAAUAAAUUGUUCGAGUCCAACCACUAUUAACGAGGACAAUCAAGGGACAAUCGCAAUGUCAAAAAAUCCUGUUGUACACAAGCGCAGAAAGCAUUUCGAUAUUAAAUUUCACUUUGUUCGAGAGAAAAUUCAAGAUAGAACAAUCGAACUAAAGUAUUGUCCUACACAUGAAAUGGUCGCGGAUAUUUUCACGAAGCCUUUACCGCGAGGACAGUUUGAAAAUCUUCGAGCAAGACUUGGACUUAUCAUAAUACAGUAA